UUUUUUUUCUUUACUGUUUUAUUAUGGCUGGUCCGACCGAGAGCAACUUUAAUUUUUUGCCUUUAUUAGGGUUGGAUAGAAAUCAAGGUCGCAUUAUCCAUGUCACUCACCAAAUCCCUUUUAAAGUUACUCACGAUAUUAAAGAAGAGGAACGCUUGCACUGGUCAUUUUCAUCUCGACAUGGUCAUGCAGCCAUGUAUGCCGGGAUGCAUUCACUGAUCGAUGAAUGGGAAACAUUGUGCAUUGGUUGGAGUGGACAAAUGUAUGAGAAUUCAAAAAGCAGCUCGGAAGACGUCUAUCGACAUGAGAUUGACAUGACAACUUUAACGAGUCAAGAAAAACAAGCCAUGACAAGUCAACUUCAACAGGAACAUAAUUGCAUACCUUUGUUUUUAGACAAUGACAGUGUCGCUGGGCAUUAUUAUGGAUACUGUAAAACUUUGUUAUGGCCUUUAUUCAAUUAUAUCGUUUGGAAUGAUGCAACAGAUGGACGUAUUGAAAAAGCACAAUGGAAUUUUUAUGAAGCUGUCAAUCAAAAGUAUGCAGAUUUGGUGGUUGAGCAAUAUCAAACAGGAGACGUUAUUUGGAUUCAUGAUUAUCAUUUAUUAUUAGUGCCUAAUAUGGUAAGAGCUAAAUUACCAAAAGCUCGUAUUGGUUUAUUCGUGCACUCUCCCUUUCCCAGUUCCGAGAUAUUUCGAUGUUUACCAAAGCGUCAAGAGAUCUUAAAAGGAAUGCUCGGUGCUAAUCUCGUUGGUUUUCAGACAUAUGCAAAUUCAAGACAUUUUAUUUCCACAUCCACUCGUGUGCUCGGAUACGAAUCAUCACCUGAUGGUGUCGAAUGUAAUGGACAUUUUUGCCACGUUGGUACGUUCCCUAUAGGAAUUGAUGUAGACGCAGUGGAUUCUCUCAGACGUAGCUCGGAUGUGGUACCAAAGAUCAAUGCAAUUGCAGAAAUGUAUUCAGACAAAAAGAUCUUGGUCGGUAGAGAUAAGCUGGAUUUGGUGCAAGGUGUAUUACAAAAACUGGCUGCAUUUGAAAAAUUCUUGAUGGAUUAUCCUCAAUGGCAAAACAAGGUAGUACUGAUUCAGGUGACGGAUUCAACCACUUCAGAUAGCGUCAAAAAUGAACACAAAGUUUCAGAGAUGGUGGCACAUAUCAACGGUACUUAUGGCUCAUUGGAGUUUACUCCUGUACAUCAUUAUCAUCAACAGAUUCAUAUGGAUGAAUAUUACGCCUUGCUUUCAACAGCCGAUGCUGCACUUAUCACAGCUGUUAGAGAUGGUAUGAAUACAACGUGUUUGGAAUAUGUCAUGUGCCAACAAGAAAAACAUGGUUCGCUUAUUGUCUCUGAAUUGACUGGAACAGCUGGCUCAAUGAGCUCCGCUUUAUUGGUGAAUCCCUGGGAUUAUUCAGGUGUGGCAAAAGCCAUUAACGAUGCUUUAUUGAUGUCCGAAGACGAAAAAUUGACAAGACAUAUGCAAUUACUAGCUCAUGUCAAAUCAAAUACAACUUCCUUCUGGGCUCACUCAUUUAUCAAAAUGUUACUACAUACCUGUCUUUUAACAGAGCAAGCCAAAAACACACCCAAAUUAAAAUUAGAUUACCUCCGUGAUCAAUACAGAUACUCAAAGAAAAGACUCUUAUGCUUCGAUUACGACGGAACAUUGACACCUAUCAAAAAAACACCAAUGGCCGCUACACCACCCAAAGACAUGCUUGAAUACUUGGAAAAACUCUGUCAGGAUCCAUCGAACGAAGUAUGGGUUAUUUCCGGCCGCGACGAAAAUGCCUUAACGAACUGGUUAGGUCAUAUCGAAAACCUCGGUAUGAGUGCUGAGCAUGGAUCUUUUAUGCGCUAUCCAAAGAGCAAGAAAUGGGUGAAUCUUGCAGAACAUUUGGAUAUGGGGUGGAAGAAUGACGUUUUAGAAAUAUUUACAUAUUAUACCGAAAGAACCACAGGCAGUUUUAUCGAGCACAAACGAUGUGCGUUAACCUGGCAUUAUAGAUUGGCUGAUCCAGAGUAUGGUGCAUUUCAAGCAAAGGAGUGCCAAAAUCAUUUAGAACAAGCUAUUCUGAGUAAAUUGCCAGUAGAAGUACUAGUAGGCAAGAAGAAUCUUGAGGUUCGUCCUACCUCUGUGAACAAGGGUGAAAUUAUGAAGAAACUGAUUGCUUCCGCUAUUACACCGUUUGAUUUUGUUAUGUGCUGUGGUGAUGAUCGUACGGAUGAGGAUAUGUUUAAAAUCUUGAAAAAGGCUGAUAUUUAUGAACACCAAAAGUUUUCCGUCAUGGUAGGCCCUGAAGAGCAAAAGACACAAGCAGUUUGGCAUUUACCAACUGUAGCAGAUGUGAUUGAAAGUAUGAGAAUUAUGUCUCAACCCAUCUAAUUUAUUUCACUUGAACUGUACUUACACUUUAAAUUUACCAAAUGUUUGAAAAUACCACCCACUUUUUAAAAAAAAAAAAAACUUUGCACGCCUGUGUAAAGUUAAAUUGCACAAAAGAUCAGACCAAAUUGACCUGAUGUUUGCCUAGCAUUUCCAUAAUAAACUUCUUUCUUUUUAGACCAAAUA